UAUGAAGUGUUGUGGGAUCAUUGUAGCUUGUGGAGAGAGCACGUCAAGCCAACGCUACUACAAGUUUACUAGAGCAAUAAUUCUGUCUAUUUAUUUCUUUUUGUUUUUUUUUAAAUGUCACUACCUACUAAAGUAAAAUUUUAUAAUUAAUAAUUUUCGAUCGCAUGAAAGUUGAAGGUGAUUGGUUGCUAAAGCUCUUGUUUCCAUUACACUUGUUCACUCAUAGACACAUCUCUCUCUUUCUCUCUCCUUCUCUCUGUGGAUCUUUGUUUCCUAUUUGGAACCGACAUGGCUCCCAACUAAUAGGAAUCUUAAAGCUUUUCACUCUCUUAUCAGAUCUUUCAACUCAGCAGCAACAUCGACUUGUGGCUCUUUUUCCCUUUUUCUUUGGACUUUUAUUGGAGAUAAGCUAUGCAAACUGAGGAACUUUUGUCGCCACCACAGACUCCAUGGUGGAAUGCUUUUGGAUCUCAGCCGUUGACUACAGAGAGCCUUUCCGGAGACGCUUCUGAUUCAUUCGCCGAAGUCAAGGCAGUUACUCCUGAGACAGAACAAGAUGUGGUGGAUAAACAAAGUUCUACUACUCUCUUCACUUUCUCACCACCUGGUGGUAAAAAGAGUUCACAAGAUGUGCCAAAGCCUCAUGUUGCUUUCACGAUGCAAGCAGCUUGCUUCGAGUUUGGAUUUGCUCGGCCAGUGAUCUACACAAAGCAUCCUCAUGUAGAACAAUACUAUGGAGUUCUUUCAGCCUAUGGACCUCAGAGGUCUUCCGGUCGAGUUAUGCUGCCUCUAAAGAUGGAGACAGAAGAGGAUGGUACCAUCUAUGUGAACGCGAAGCAGUACCAUGGAAUUAUUAGGCGACGCCUGUCCAGAGCAAAGGCUGAAAAACUGAGUAGAUGCCGUAAGCCAUAUAUUCAUCACUCGCGCCAUCUCCAUGCUAUGCGCCGUCCUAGAGGAUCUGGUGGGCGUUUCUUGAACACCAAGAAAGUUGAUGCAACUAAGCCAAGCAAUUCUCAGAGUUCUGAAGUCUUUCAUCCGGAGAACGGGACCAUGAACUCAUCGAGGGAAGCAAAAAUGCCAAAUCUCUCGGGAUCCGAAGUUACAAGUAUGGAUUACUUUCUAAGUUCGUCAGUCUGUACUCCUAGUGGCAUGGUCAUGCCUAUCAAGUGGAAUGCAGCAACAGUGGAUACUGGCUGCUACAAUCUUAAUACAUGAUCAGCAGAUAGGGACAAGACUUGGGGGUUUUGGUUCACAGGUCUUUUGUCUUGUCCCUUAUCUUUCAGCCAAACGAAGAGAGAACUUGUGUCCUGAAAAAAAGGACAAUGAGUUUCCUUGGUUGGUCCUUGUACCAUCCGUUUGGCUGUAAACAGGCAAAUCAUCUUUGGCUCAUCAGAUAUCAAGGUUUUUUAUACGUCUGUUUUCUUCAUAAGAUUUGAACUGGUGAAGAAAACUUGGGUUAUGUUUUCUAAGUAAAAAAAUAAAAUUAGUGAAUAACAAUGAUGGGUUUGCUACUACCCCUCUUGUUCCAACUAAUGUGUGUGUUUAUGAAACAUCUGUAAGAAUUUUAAGUUUAUGUGGUUUAUGUAACAGAGAAACUAUUUAACUGUUA